UGAGAAAUGUGAAGGUAGCUAGUAAGUACUGUGGUGCGUACUAGGUACUAGUACCAUACGGUACGGUAUGUAGGUAUGUUCGUAGUUCGUGCUCUUUGCGUCUGUCCCUCUAUCAUCCUCUUACACUUGUCAGAGACACGUUUUGUCAACUCUUUCAACAUGCAUCAGUUUCAGAUCUUGUUUCAGAUUUUUGACCGAUGUAUUUCGUUCCGUAGAAGCAGCCAGAGCAUCAAACGAUUGAUCCCCACAAUGCGUCGAGUACCAAGUGCCUCCCAAAAAAGGUCCGACACUCAGUAUUUCCCAAAGAGUUUUACUUGAGCAAGAAAAAAUGUUUCGAAUCAUAAGCUCGGUUUUGCUUCUCUUACUUUCUUCAUGUAAGACCUCGAGCGCUUUUGUUCUUCCGGUGCCUUCCGAGCCGUUCGACCUGUUGAGGCAUCAUGGCGCAUCAACGAACAAUUGCAUUCACACGGCACUGAAAGCCACAGAAAUACCAGCCGCCUCGCCCRCGGAAGCAAYCAGAGACAUAAAAUCAAAAAUCGAUACGGAGAUCAAACCGACCAAGCGUGGACUGUCGGCAUCGCCCGACGAGAGGGCCAAGAUAGAUUCCCUCGUUCGGUCGCUCGAGGAACUUUGUCCCUACGACGAACCCGCCCGCAUGCCCAACAUGGAAGGAAAAUGGAUAGUCGAGUACACCACGGCACCCCCGCCCUCGAACGGGAAGCUCGGGCCGUUUGAAGGGAUCGCACGCCAGAUUAUCGAUCUGGAGAAUGGGACGUACGUCAACUAUUUGAGUGUACCAGGGGACAUUGAAAAGGAAUUUUUGAGUGCGAAGCUCGAAGCUACUUUUGAGGAAUGGGACGGGACGUUGCUGAAGGAUGAUCGAGACGGCGAUUCCCAGGGUGACAGCACUGAUGCCAUUGGAGAUAGUUCUGUUUCUGUCUCGACCGAACCACCAGCGUCCACGAACUGGUUCCAAUCCUCCAUAAACUCGAUUUUUCAAACACAAAACAAAGAAAAAGCGGCAGUCGAUUACGGUGCCGAUAGCUGGAAAGUGGAUUUUAAAACGCUUACGAUCAAGCUGUUUGGCUUCACACUGAUCCAAAAAUCGUUCGACGAGGGCACAUCUAGGGUAUGGAAAAUGUCUUAUUUGGAUGACAGCGGAACCCGAAUAGUGAGAGCUGGUAGAACCGGCAAAGACGAAGAUGCCAUGUUAUUCUAUAUGAAAAAGGAAUAAACGUAUAAAUAGAACGAUAAACG